GCAUGCUGUCAUCCCGCCCAGUCCGAAGCAUCUGGCCAGCACAACACGAAUCCUCCUUUCAGUUGAUUUUCUAAGUGAUUCGGGGCCUGUUGCAACUUUCCGGUCAUCACUGAAGCCCACCAGACAAGUCAGUUGAAGAGAGUUAGAAAUGUCUCUGCCAGCGGAUAACAUUAAAGUGUGUGUUGUGGGAUCGGGAAACUGGGGAUCAGCUAUUGCCAAAAUAGUCGGACACAAUGCAGCCAAAUUGCCAAAUUUCUGCGACAGGGUCACAAUGUACGUGUACGAGGAGAUGAUCGAUGGGAAGAAACUGACUGAGAUCAUCAAUGAGCAGCAUGAGAAUGUCAAGUAUCUUCCUGGUCACAAAUUGCCGCCCAAUGUUGUCGCUGUUCCUGAUGUCGUGGAAGCUUCCAAAGAUGCAGAUAUCCUGAUCUUCGUAAUCCCUCACCAGUUUAUCCGGGGCUUGGCUGGCCAGAUGCUGGGCAAAAUCAAGCCAACAGCUGUUGGUCUAUCUCUUAUCAAGGGCUUCGACGUGGCUGAAGGUGGUGGAAUCGCUCUGAUUUCCCACAUUGUUACACGUUACCUCAAUAUCCCAUGUGCAGUUCUCAUGGGUGCCAAUCUGGCCAAUGAGGUGGCCGAGGAGAAAUUCUGUGAGACCACGAUAGGCUGCAAGGACAUGAAAAUUGCUCCUGUUCUUCGGGACAUCAUCCAAACUGAGUACUUCCGAGUGGUUGUGGUAGACGAUGAGGAUGCCGUUGAGAUUUGUGGAGCUCUCAAGAAUAUCGUUGCUUGUGGAGCGGGUUUUGUGGAUGGACUCAAAUUGGGAGACAAUACAAAGGCUGCCAUCAUUCGUUUGGGACUUAUGGAAAUGAUCAAAUUUGUGGAAGUCUUCUAUCCAGGAGCCAAAUUGUCGACUUUCUUUGAGAGUUGUGGUGUGGCUGAUUUAAUCACCACCUGCUACGGAGGUCGCAAUCGCAAAGUCUCUGAGGCCUUUGUCACUUCCGGGAAGACUAUUAAACAGCUUGAGGAUGAAAUGCUGAAUGGUCAGAAGUUGCAGGGUCCCAUUACGGCUGAGGAAGUGAAUUUCAUGCUGAAGAACAAGUCAAUGGAGGACAAGUUCCCCCUCUUCACGGCCAUCCAUCGAAUUUGCACGGGUGUUCUAAAGCCAAAGGAUAUCAUCGAUGCGAUACGCACUCAUCCAGAGCACAUGCCUCGUCCGCAAUAUGCCAAGCUCUAGAAAACAAUAUUGUUAAUGUAAUUAACAAGAUGAUUCCAAAAAAAAAAAUUGCCCUGCCAGACUGGACUGUGUAUUUGUUUGAUAUUUUUUUCCAUUUGAAAAAAAAUCUUGCACCUCCUUGUGUCUACUAAAAUAGUUUUUAAGGAGCACCAGCUUUUGUAUUUUAUACUUUUGUAAUGAUUUUUUCAUACAAGUUUUUUUUUAUUAAUGAAAUUUUGUGCAUUUUGUGAAGGAAAAUUGGGUGAAUUGUGUUUUGGUAAUUCUUUGUUUUCUUUCUUCUUCUAAUUUAUUCACAGGCAAACAUUUGGUGCCAAGUAAAAAUCAAUAUAGAUUUACUUUGAGACAGUGUUAGAUAUUUUUUUUUGGGAGAAGAAAUAAAGAAAAAUUGUUUGAGUUGAAUAAAA